AUGCCAGCACAACCCAAUGGUCUGUCAGAUGAACAGGAAGUUUUCCUGAAAAUUUGUUUGGAUCGUGUGGAGGCGGCCAGGAGACUAAAGACCAAAGGACUUAGUGACACUUAUCUCCGGGAGUAUCAACGAUUUGUCAUUUGGGUAAUAAAGAAUAACCGUAUGCCGGACCCAAUGCAGCGACCCUUUCGUUUUACCACAAGAGACAAUGUGGAUAAAUAUUACAUCCACGACUUUACAAAGAGAGAAUUUGGCACCCAAAAUAGUCGCUCUCGGGUCCAUCAAGCGAUACAAAGGUUUUGGGAUUCAGUAGAGUCUUCUUUUUUUAAAGAUUUUGACACCCUAUCACCUUUGAUGGAUGGCGAAGCUAAAAAAUUCAGAGUAAAAGACAGUGAAGCAGUUGAAGCAAGUGUAAUAGAGCAGCAGCGAUAUUACGAUUCAAUCAAAGAAGACAAGUUUGGAGGAACAGAUCCUUUCAAAGGCCUGAAGGCCGACCUUCUUACUAGUACUGAAAAGAUGAAGGUAAUGACCUAUAUUCUAAAUGAUCGACCAGAUUGGAAGGACAUUGGUUGCUCUUUCAAUUGGGGCUGCAAUGCAGGUUUGAGAGGAGAUUCCACGAGGUCUCUCUGUUUUAAAGAUUUGUAUAUCAGCCAUGGAUUUGCUCCAGGACAAGGAAGGAAUCUGACUGCCAUCUUAAGGAAAGAUGAUCAAAAAAGUGACUUCACUACGGAUCGCCUAGUUGGGGUCCUUCGGCAUCGCCAUUACUUGCUAUGUGCCUCAUUCAUGACAUCCAUGAAUGUAAUUCGGAUACUGCAAUUACGUAGCAACGAGGUUCACUUCAAACGUCCGAACAAAAAGAGUCCAGCCGAAUUCUGGCAAAUUCCUUUUGUCGAUUUUACGAAGCUUGCUGACGAAGAAAAUGCCAUGAGAGAGAUUUACGUCAAGACUGGUGUAGAGUCUUGCAAAGUGACCCAUCACCGAACACAUUGUGUAAUGCAUGCUAGUACUGAGGGUUUACAACAGUAUCAAGUUUCAACCCUCACCAAGCACAUGAACGACAAGCUAACAAAAUCAUACUGGGCUGAAAUGGAACGAAGAACUAUGACUGUGAUGGCUGGAUUUGACAUGGAUGAAGCCUACAAUGUCCUACGAACGCAGAUUGGAUUGCCACUCGAAAGUAUUGAAGCUUGUAUCCGUGCACUGUUUGGGAAUGAUAUCGAUCGAUGGAAAAGGGAGCAAGAGGCCCCAGAUGGGGACAAGUCCACUUGUGCUCAAAAGUUCUUUUCCAGACUUUUACCAUUUCUGGUCGAAGUUUUGGUCCAAGAUGGAAUCUACUUGAUUAUUGACCAUCCACAACACGAGAUGUCAAUAAUGCUGCAUAAUAAAAUUCCUGGAUAUGCUCAAUGGGCUGCAAUGAAACGACGUUGGGUCAAAAAUGAGCUUCUGACUUUUGAGCCAAAGAAAAUGGAAGCACUCAAUUCAGCAACACAGAACGCUUUUCAGUCAAUCAUGCGGCAGGUGAAAUACCUUGAAGAUGCUGUUGUUGCAGGUGCAACUAAGAACCAGGCACUCACUGAACAAGUUGAAGCUCUACGACAAGAACUUAGAAACAGAAAUCAAGAGUUCAAUGCAGUACAGCAGAGACGAGAUGAUGCGAUGAGGCACUUCAUUGCUCAAGAAUUACGCAAUGUAGUAGGGAACCAUCAAAUUCAGAACCAUGGUCCACCGACCGGUACUGGUGCGCCAAGUCAACAAGAGGUGCACACUAGAGCCGUUGGAAAUGUUUCAGCAACUCAACCACUGCGGGAGACUGCAGAAAUACUAGUUGCUCCCGAAACCCAACAGAGACCACCAUCGCAACGCCAACAAGCUUUGCAACGAUCUACUGCAGCUCCUACUGUUGUCCAUCUCCAAUCAAUUCCACAUCAACCAGCCUUAGGUAAGGCUUUCCCAAAGCUAUGGUCGGGGAUUUUGCAAAAUUGGAUCAAUCUGAAGCUCGAGAAGUUCAUCCAUGUCCCAAAGAAUGGACGGAAUGGAUGGAACAAUGCAGAGAAUGCCAAAAGGUUUCACAAGCACUACCGAGGAUUCCUAUGUAUUCAGUCGGUUAUGGAAGAAAAUGAAACUGUCAAGGAUCUCAAGGGGGCAGCCUUUUUUUUGGACGACGAGCGAAGAAGUUUGAAGUUAAAUAUGACUGAACAUUUGCAGUUUAGAUGUAAACGUAACCCAAGCAUUCAAAGCAAAACAAUGAAAAAGCAAGCACCCAAGUCCAAUAAUACAGGAAGAGGAACCAAGAGACCCAAUGGUGAUGGUGGUACUACAGUACAACAUCCAAGAAAUAAGCGUUCUCGGCCCAAUAGCAAUGGCAAUGGCAGACCUCCCCUGCCCCCCUUCCACCCAGUGCAACCAAUGCAACAACAUCGUCAACAAAGAGUUGCCGGGCUGAAUAUGCAUCAGCUCGCAUAUGGCUCCAAAGUUGUUGAUAUCGAGGCAAACAGGGGAAUCAGAGGCGUCGCCCAAAGAUAUCAACAACGGACUAUGGCCGUAUCACAAUUCACAAACUCAAGGAAUUCUGCCUACCAUACCACCAACCUGUUGGCAAGAAAGCCUGCUGCAAUUCAAAGAAGAAGGAUUCAAUCGGCGAUUGGCCCCGGGGGGAAACGAGCAAGGAAUAAUCUUCUUCAAGCUACAGUGGCUCCCAUGGCAGAUCAAAGGUUCCAAGAAGCUGUUGCUGGACUGACCCCUGAUGAAUAUUUGGAACACGCUGAUGCCAUUCGUCAAAAGAAAGUAGCUAUUGCAGCAAGCGUUCUUGCUGAGGUCAACAACAACAACAACAACAACUCCAGACUUGUUUGCCGCCAAAGCAUCAAUCCUGCCCAUCUAUGCCCCAUUGAAGGGUGCAAUGGAGAUGUACCAGAAGGUGGUGGAAGCACCAUGCCACCGAUACACAAAUGCUACAACAUACGAAACUGCAACAAGAAGGUACAUCAUGUUUGCGCCGACAGGUCAGGGCUGCAUGGACGGAAUGAGAUGAAUGUGUAUUGCUCAAUAGAAUGUAGAGAAAUGAGACCGGACUGA